AUGAGGACCCUCGUCCUCCUCGCUGCCCUUCUCCUGCUGGCCCUCCAGGCCCAGGCUGGGCCCCUGCGAGAGAGAGCUGAGGAUGCCCCAGCCCAGGAGCAGCCUAGGGCAGAGGACCAGGACAUGGCCAUCUCCUUUGCAGGGGACAAGAUCUCAGCUAUCAGAGUUGCAGGCUCAAUCAGGGACUUGUCCUGCUCCUGCAGAAGAAGAAGAUGUCGUUUUCCAGAGACCGUCUCUGGGACCUGCCUGUCCGAUGGCGACCAGUACCCAUUCUGCUGCCGCUGA